AUAAAACUAAUGUGAAAUUAUUGAUUACUAUCUUAUAAAAGAUAACAAUUGUAUAUAUAUUAUAUAUAAGAUGUAUAUAUAUUAAAUUAAGUAUUCACUAAGAAAAGCUUCAGUGAUUAAAAUUAUCACUUUGCUACAAAUCAUCAAUAUACUAUACAUAAUAAUUUUAUUAUAGCUUUAUGGUAACAUAACCUUUCCUGUCAUUGAAAUAAAAAAAGCUUUUGAUGGUUAGAAUUAUGUUUACUCCAAACGUCUUAAAAUUUGGUGAUUUAUUAAAAGUAAAUUAUGAAAUUAGAAAAUCCUCAAUCAAACUUUUCCACACACAAUUUCAAAUACUGUUUUCAAAGGAAAAUGAAACAACUGAAAGUCCAAGAAUGCGCGAAUUUAGAAAAAAGCUAAGGGAACGGACACCCAUAGAAAAAUUAGAAGAACUGGAAGAAGGAAAACAUCCUUAUCAAGAAAAAGAACCUUUGAAACCAUUUCCAAAUGAUAUUAAUCCAGAAACAGGUGAAAUAGGAGGCCCACGUGGACCAGAACCAACUCGAUAUGGUGAUUGGGAAAGAAAAGGCAGAGUAACAGAUUUUUAGAUGUAAAAAUUCUGUAUGCGUAGUUCCUAUAGAACAAUAUCUAGUAUUAAAUAAUACAUGUAUAUAUGUAUGUAUAAUAGCAUAUUUUUAUUAGAUGUUUUGUUAAAACUAUAACAAAAGAAUAGCAUAAAAUUUCAUUGCUCCUGCUAUCAUACUAAUCAAAUGUAAAUAUGCAUAUUUUAAAGCUAAAUUUAUUUUUAAAUUGUGCUGGUUUCAGUAAGUUUAACUUUUUGAAUAAAGUUUUGAUGAAUCAGCCAAUUUUCAAAUCCAGACAAUUUGCAACAAGUAUGAAGUGUACAAGUUUUAAUUUGCAACCUAAUAAUUUUUAUAUUUUAACCGUUGUAUAUUUUAUUAUAUUUAGCUACUUUAUUACAAACUGAGAAAUCAAAUCCAGGUAUUAAAAAAGAGGAAUCAACAAGAAUGAAACAGUUUCAUAAGAAAUUAAGAUUGCAACCCAUACCAAGUAAAAUAAAUACGAAUUGUAAAUAGUGUAUAGAUUACAGAAGAUAGAUUAUUAUAAUCAUUAUAAAUAUGAUAAUAGGAGUACCGCCACGAGAACGAUUUGUAGAUUUGGUAUUAGUAGAAACUAAUCCAAAGAAUGGAGAAGCAAUAACAGAUAGCGAGAAAGAUCCAACAAAGUGGGGAGAUUGGCAAAACGGUGGACGAGUGACCGACUUUUAAUAAAAGAUAUUCCAGUUCAUAUAUGAUUUUGAUUUGAAAAUAUAAAUUAAAAACGCGGUAUGACACGAAAUAAACAUUUAUAGAUAUAGUAAUAUUCUCGUUCAUAUGAAAUUGUUUUCUAAAGUGCAUUAUUUUAUAUUUACAAUACAAUUUCAUAUUACAAUAUGAAUACAGAAAUUUCCAAGUCACACUUUCAUGAUGCGCGAUACACAAAAUACAAAAUUUGUUUAUGAAAAGUUAAAAUUAAAAAUAGCGAAAUAUGUA